AGCAAACUUCUAAUUGUAAAAGUGAAAAUUUCAAGUUUCGGCGACAAUCUGGAUAUUCAUUGUACUUAACGAUUCACAAUGACGUCCGAACUAAGCGCGCCGCCGGUCCUCUCAACACCAGCCGAACAUAUCUUCGAAGACCCAACCCCAGCUUCUUCCAUCGCACAGGCGAAACGACCCAAUCGGCCGGAUUAUGAGCUCUACGAAGUUUACGAGAUUGUGCGGACGGCCAUCGAGAUCAAACAAAAUGGAUGGAAUCGAAUCGCCCUCCAGUUCCCCGACGCCAUGUUACCUGAUGCGCCAUGGGUUGUCAAUGCACUUGGCAAUGAACUGGAUAAGGGCCAGGAAGAAGGACCAGGCCAAGAACAGCAACAAAGACGAAGGCUAUAUAUCUUAGCAGAUACAUCGUAUAGUGCCUGUUGCGUUGAUGAGAUCGCGGCAGAGCACGCGGAUGCCGAUGGUGUUGUACACUACGGGCGCGCGUGUUUAAGUCCGACGUCGAGAUUACCGGUAAUACAUAUUUUCACAAAGCAGAAGCUCGACUAUGCUUCCGUAACGGAAUCAUUCGAGAAGGAGUUUUCAGAGAAGACGGAGAAGGUCGUGGUAAUGACGGACGUCAUGUUUCAGGAACAUGUGGCGCCUAUAUGUGAGUCGCUAAGAGAAAGGGGAUAUAGUAAUGUCGUUGCGACUGAGAUCGUGCGGGAUCCGACUGGAACGAUACCUAAUCGCAAAGUCAUAUGGCCUGAUGCGCCGGCCGAGGAACAGACCAAUUAUAGUCUGAACGAAUAUCACUUAUUCCACAUAUCUACGCCUCCAACGUCCCUCCUCUUAACUCUCUCUUCCCGCCUCGCCUCUCUACGCAUCUAUUCGACACCCUCCUCGCCCUACACUACAACAUCUGAGGUACCCGACCCGAGUGCAACACCUGGUCUCUUGCGUCGCCGCUACGGCCUCGUCAUCCGGCUAGCCACGGCAUCUAUCAUCGGAAUUCUGGUGAACACUUUGUCCGUCAAGAACUACAUGUCUACUAUCUCCACGCUCAAAAGCCAGAUCGCGGCUGCCGGGAAGAAGAGUUACACCAUCGUGGUCGGCAAGCUGAACGCUGCAAAACUAGCCAACUUCGCCGAAGUGGAUGGCUGGGUUGUAGUCGGAUGCUGGGAGAGCGGACUGGUCGAGCAAGAGGGCCUGUGGAAACCUGUGAUCACUCCCUUCGAGCUAGGUCUCGCACUUCAAGGGGAUGAAAGCAGAGUCUGGACUGGUGAGUGGUGGGGUGGUAUCGAAGGAGUAGUCGAAGCUUCUCCUGUUAAAGAUGAUAACGCGGAAGUUGGUGCCGAGCAAGAAAAGGAUAAGGAGGUGACCGAAAACGAAGUCGAAGAUGUCGAAGGCGGUGUCAGCGACGAGGAGUCGGAAGCACCCGAGUUCGACCUUCGAACGGGCAAGCUCGUCAGCCACAGUCGACCAAUGCGGGUCGCCAUACGCAGCGUAUCGCGAAGUGGAUCCGAAACUGACGGUGUAGACCUGGUCAAUGGCCAAAGCGCGGCGUCCUCGGCGAUCGUUAAGAGGGCCGUUGGGGACGUGGCUCUGGUGAACGGUGUGGCGAGUCCCGGAGCAGAGUUCCUGAGAUCGCAGAGGACUUGGCAGGGACUUGGUACCGAGUUUGGUGCCGAGGAUGAUGAAGAGAGUACGGUUGUUGAGGAGGGGCGGAGCGGUGUUGCGAGGGGGUAUACCGUUGGGCAAGACCAGCUACGGACGUGAGGUCUACCUCUAUACUUCGAUACCUACCGACUCAAGUGAGCAUCCGUAAAAGGAACAAUAGCCCAUGUGGUUUUCUGUUAGAGGAUCAAAAGUUGCCUGCGGCAAAGGUACUAGGCCUCUGCUCGAAGCCCAAAGCUCGAGCUAGCGGCUGAACUAUGCAGCCGGGCAGGCUUACCAGAAUCGAGUAUUAGUGUUGAUCUUCAGUCUCCCUAUAGCUGUGGAGGUCGUCAUACAAAGUACCUGUACCCCCUUAUGAUAAGAACACUAUGCACAGGUAUGUGCUUCCAUAUGAGGCUAUCGGAAGACAAUAGUCGAAUAGCCUGGUCGCAGAGGCAUCGGUAAUAUUGGAUACCAAAGGGUACGCCAAUAUGUAAGAUGCGUCAGGACAUGCUAGGUAUCCAGCUGAUCAUGUUGCGUGGCAUAUAUAUCGAUAUCUACUUAAUACUCUAAAGAUACACACUUACGAAG